AUUUUACAUAAUAAUUACUCGUAAGCAGGAAUCCUUAGUUCUAUAAACACCAUAAAUCACUAGUUGAAUAUAAAUACCUUUAAAGUACAUUUACCUAUUUUAUUUGAAAAACAACCAAAUACGAAACUGGCCCCUGCCACUUAAGCAAUUGACACAGCUGUCCGCUGUCAAGAGUCGACAACAAUCUGACAAUAAAAUUCCAAGUCCACCAAACAGGUGUUACUGUAGCUGUGUAUGAAACCAUGGGUCAGAUGCUAAAUAGACCACCACAUAAUGAAAAAGAAAAUUAUCACAACAUCAUUAAAGCAGUGGAAUCUGGAAAUUUACACCAACUGAUUAAACGUUUUGCAGACUUGGAACCAACAUCUCAGGUUCAAGCCAUUAGAAAGGAUGGAAAAACUUUGCUACAUAUUGCAGCAUAUCAUCACCAGUUAGAUUGUAUUCAGUUUCUUUUAGAGCAUGGCUUUGAUGCAAAUGUGUUAGAUGAUUUUGGAAAUACCCCUCUGGUGGAAGUUCUUCAAACCAAAGCUCAGGAUAGAAUUUGUCUAGCCUUACAUAAUCCAAAUUGUCUUGAAAAGCUUGUGAAUUUGUUUCUAAAAUUCAAAGCAGACAUAAAUGCAAGAAGUUCUGUGUAUAGAACAGCAUUGCUCAAGUCUAUGGUUCAUAGACAUAGGCUUUCAGAAAUAUUGCUUAAGAAUGGAGCUGACCCAAACAUAGCUGAUGCAGAUGGCCUACUUCCAAUUCAUGUUUGUGCCACAUAUUCCUGUCUUUCACUUUUGAAGCACAUCCUUACAAGAGGAGCAGACAUAAAUGGUCAUGAUGGUAAAGAAAGAACUGCCCUUUAUUUUUCAGUGCUUGCUGGCCAUCAGAAAAUAUUUGACGAGCUAAUACUUCAUGGCUGUGAUAUAAACAAGGGAUCAAAAUAUGGCUUUCCACUGCAAACUGCUAUUAUAAAAUGUCGAUUAGAAAUGGUUCAAACAUUACUCCAAAAUGGUGCAGAUGUUCAGUGCAAAAUCUCAGAAUUCCGACAGUUAUAUUGCAGGACGAAUGAUUACCUCAAUCUUGCGUUACUUGUGGCCCAUUCUCAAAUAAACAAUCCUGGAUUGUCUAUGGCAAAAGAAGAUGUUAUUGAAAAUGCAAAAAAGUCAUUGCAGAUAUUAUAUCUUGUGAUUCAGGCAGUGGGCAAUAAUGAAAAUUUCAGUAGAAAUGCCUUUGUUAAAACAAGACGACAGCCUCUUGAUGGACCUGAUUUACUUGUGUGUAAUAAACUAUUUACACUACUCUUACGGAAAUUGGCAUUUAUCCAUGGAAUGAGUAGGAAUUCCAAACCUUUAGAUGGCCUACCAAAUCUUGGCUCAGUCAUUGAUACCCUUUCCCUACAGAAUGUCUGUAGAAUGAAAGUACGACAACUGAUUUCCAAAACGGGAACCAAUGUUAUCUUUGCAGUAGAACAGUUAGAUUGCUCACAAGUAUUGAAAGAUGUGAUUCUGUUAAAGGAUGUAGUGUGAUAAGAGGUCUAUAAUGAAACUAUGGCAGUUUUAUAGGGCUAUUUUUUUCGACAUUCACAUGCCAUCAUUGUGAGAAUUAAUGUCUUCACAACAACUUGUGAAAAAUAUUCCAGUGAUAAAUAUUUAUGCCCCCACACAUUUAUACGGGGGGGUGGGUGCAUAUAGCGUUGCUGCGGUCCAUAUGACCAUACAGCCGCCCGUCCAAGCAAAUGAGAGAACAGUUUGUUGGGUACUGAGGACAAUAGGUAACAGUAAAUUCUAUUCAUACUUUCUGUCGCUUGAUCUUUAUAACAGAAGAACUACCCAAUAAACGUACGAAUGUCUGUCCAUACGUCCUUAAGUAUUGUGUGUCCAACUUCCACACUAUCAGCUAAUUUGCUUCAGACUUCCACAGAUGAACAAACUUGAUAUGUAGAUGACCAUAAAGGAAGGACCGCAGUUAUGGCCCUUUGAUAGUUUUGCUUCAUAGAAUAUAGAAAAAGAUCUUGUAUGUCCAACUCCUCAGACACUAUUUCAAAGUUUCACAGAUGAAGGACAUUGAUGUAAAGAUGAAUUUGAAUAAUGGACUUUCGGUUAUUUUUUCUAGAAUUAUGGCCCUUUCUUAAUUUCACAAAAUAGGUCAUAGUGAAGAAAUUUACAUACAUUUUUUGAAGGAAUGGAUUCAAAGUUGCUCAGAUGCACACAACAUUAUCUGAAUACAGUUUGCUUCAAACAUUUAGUGGAACAUCUUCAUGUGAAGAUGGUCUUUACUAUAAACUUUGCUAUUUAGAGGAUGGAACUAUUAUGUGGAGGGCAUCCGUGUCCAAUGGACACAAUUCUAGUUUAAUAUAACUCUAAUAUUACAUCUCCAAAUGAUUUCUUUACUUCAUUUAGCAGAAAUGACAUUCAAUAUGAUCUAUGUCUAAAAUUGCAUGAUUUCUAUAAAUAAAAGCUGCUUUAAAUUUUAGAAUAAGCAGAAAACACCAUAUCUUGAUAAAACUUCAAACGUGUGUUCAGUCAGCAUGAAUGUGUACUUGGCCAACAUUUAUUGGAAAUGGCAAUAUCAGAUUAAUUAUAAUACUUGAUUAUAUUUUGUUUUGUUCUAUCGACCAGGCAAGGAAUCCCACACCUCCAGACUGUAAAUAAUUUUUUGCAGUAAUUGCAACCUUUGCUUGGUCUUUGAAAAUAAAAAAAGUGAUUUCCCAAAUGUGCAUCAACUUUAAAACAGUGGUGCUCUCAACUGUUGGUGGCCAGUCUGUAAUUUUUAGUCUUGCUUUAUUACUUUUGAAACUAUGCAUAGUUUGUAUCUGUAGCAAAACAGCGGGACAGUCUGCCCCAAUCUGACUAAAGUACUUGAUCUUCUAAACGAAGAUCUGAGAACAACCUAUUCACAUUCGUCUUCUGUAUAUUUUGGAUUUCCAUUACUGCUUUUUUUAUGUUAUCCAAUCAGACGACUUGUUCGAUUGUCAAAGGAUAAGAAAAAUAUGCGGUUAUUCCAGGACUCGAACCCGGGACCCCUCGCUUACAAAGCAAGUGGCCUACCGACUGAGCUAACCGGCUAUCUGAUACAUUACGACAUAAGAAUUGUAAAUAUCAAAAGUCAAUGCUACAUGUAGAUUUGCAAGAUGUUGUAAGCUAGGCUCUGAUUGGCUAGCGAAAGAGCCGUCAGAACGAGGCAAUGAAUAGGUCGUUUUCAGAUCCUAUGCGUAGCGUAAUAGGAGAUGUACUUUAGUCAGAUUGAGUCUGCCCCAGCCCCUUUUUUUGUGCGCCACACUGCCCUUCCAUACGAACCGAUCUUGCCUUUCCGAAACCCGCCCCUUUGCCUCUGAAGUUUUGACACAUGAAUAACUGCCCGCUUCGUUUACUUUCUGCCCGGAAGCGAUAAUGCAUGUCAUCACCAUGUGUUUAUUUUCCGAAAAUAGAAAUUCGGUCAUGGCGUGUGAACACGUGAUGUACUGGUUCCCCAAGUACUAGCAUCACAGUUAUAUUAAGUAAGCCAGGCGCUAUUAUGUCGGGAAAGAUCAAAGUAUUUCAAAAUUUUCUUGGGGAGCAUGCCCCCAGACCCACCUAGCCUCAUGCCCUUUUUUCACUGCUCCGUGCCCUUUUUUCAUCCUGGAUACAACACUAAUGCAUGUUAUGUAGUUAAUUUAAUGAAUUUGUUGUAUAAUUACUGGAAAAAAAAUUUAGCGCAGAGUGUUAAUAGGUAAAAACCAUAAAACAACGUAUAUGCCAAUUUUUGUUCUGAUUCUUUAUGUCAAAGAAUUCUGUAAACUUUGCUAAGAUGUUAUUUUGAUAUAUUACUUAAUAUAAUAAGUACUAUUAAAAUCUUUGGUUUUA